GCCGCCGGCUCCUUAGCUGCGAGUCUCCGGCCGAGCACGGAAGCGAAAUGUCAGCGGGCGCCGCGGCCCCCCGGGGCAAGCACCCCUUCCAGAAGCGGGGCAGCCUGCAGGGCCCCGGCGCCGCAGAGAUCCAUGGUGGGCUGGGGCCUCGAUCACUGCAGUCUGCCCACUCCCUGCCAGGAACUCUGCAUUGCCUGAAGCAAUUCCCUGUCGACCUGCGCACCUCCAUGGAUGGCAAGUACAAGGAAAUCGCUGAGGAGCUGUUCUCCCGCUCGCUGGUGGAGAGCGACAUGCGCAGCGCCCCCUACGAGUUCCCCGAGGACAGCCCCAUUGAGCAGCUGGAGGAGAGGCGCCAGCGGCUGGAGCGGCAGAUCAGCCAGGACGUGAAACUAGAACCCGACAUUUUACUCAGAGCCAAACAGGACUUCUUGAAAAUUGACAGUGCUGCUGACUUACAGCUGUACAAGGAGCAGAACGAGGACCUGGUGGAUCAUCUCCCCAAGGAGAGGGAUGUGCUGCUGGAGAGAGAGUUCCAGAGGGUCACCAUCUCUGGGGAAGAGACAUGUGGGGUGCCCUUCACAGACCUACUGGAUGCAGCCAAAAGCGUGGUGAAGGCACUGUUCAUCCGGGAGAAGUACAUGGGGCUCUCCCUGCAGAGCUUCUGCAAGACCACCGCCCGCUUCUUGGAGGAGCUCUCUGGGAAACCGCUGGAGACCCGGUCCUAUGAGGAGAUCCCAGAGACCCCCGUGGCUGCAGAUGCUCCUGUGCACCCCCCCUUCACAGACCAGCACCCCUAUGAGACCUGUCUCCCUGAGGCCAUGCCAGCCGACCUGGGCUUCGGCCUCAGGAUGGUCAGCGGAGUGAUCCACGUCUACACCAAGCGUGAUGUCGUGGACAGGAGCACAGAGCUGGACCUGCUGUACCCCGACCUACAGGAGUUCAUCGCCGACAUGAACGUCUUGAUGGCUUUGAUCAUCAAUGGCCCCAUAAAAUCCUUCUGCUACCGGCGGCUGCAGUACCUGAGUUCCAAGUUCCAGAUGCAUGUCCUGCUCAACGAGAUGAAGGAGCUGGCGGCUCAGAAGAAGGUCCCCCACCGGGACUUCUACAACAUCCGCAAGGUGGACACGCACAUCCACGCCUCCUCCUGCAUGAACCAGAAGCACCUGCUGCGCUUCAUCAAGCGCACCAUGAAGAAGCACCUGGACGAGAUCGUGCACGUGGAGAAGGGCAAGGAGCAGACCCUGAAGGAGGUCUUCGAGACCAUGAAUCUCACAGCCUAUGACCUUAGCGUGGACACACUGGAUGUCCAUGCGGACCGUAACACCUUCCACCGCUUUGACAAGUUCAACACCAAGUACAACCCCAUCGGGGAAUCCAUCCUGCGCGAGAUCUUCAUCAAGACGGACAACCAGGUCUCGGGGAAGUACUUCGCUCACAUCAUCAAGGAGGUGAUGUCCGACCUGGAGGAGAGCAAGUAUCAGAAUGCAGAGCUGCGGCUCUCCAUAUACGGCCGGUCACGGGACGAGUGGGACAAGCUGGCCAAGUGGGCUGUGAGCCACAAGGUGCACUCCAACAACGUGCGCUGGCUGGUGCAGGUGCCACGCCUCUUCGAUGUGUACCGCACCAAGAAGCAGCUGGCCAACUUUCAGGAGAUGCUGGAGAAUAUUUUCCUACCGCUCUUCGAAGCCACUAUCCAUCCUGCCAGCCACCCGGAGCUACACCUUUUCCUGGAGCACGUGGAUGGCUUUGACAGCGUGGACGACGAAUCCAAACCGGAGCAUCGCAUCUUCAACCAGGACAGCCCCCUGCCUGGGACCUGGGUCGAGGAAGACAAUCCGCCCUACUCGUUCUACCUGUACUACAUGUAUGCCAACAUGACGGUGCUGAACCACCUGCGCAGAAAGAGGGGCUUCCACACCUUUGUCCUGCGCCCUCACUGCGGGGAGGCGGGCCCGAUUCACCACCUGGUGUCAGCCUUCAUGCUGUCGGAGAACAUCUCGCACGGGCUGCUGCUCCGCAAGGCACCCGUGCUGCAGUACCUCUACUACCUAGCCCAGAUUGGCAUCGCCAUGUCCCCACUCAGCAACAACAGUCUCUUCCUGAGCUACCACCGCAACCCACUGCCCGAGUAUCUGUCCCGUGGCCUGAUGGUCUCGCUCUCCACUGAUGACCCCCUGCAGUUCCACUUCACCAAGGAGCCCCUGAUGGAGGAGUACAGCAUCGCCACGCAGGUGUGGAAGCUCAGCUCCUGCGACAUGUGUGAACUCGCUCGCAACAGCGUGCUCAUGAGUGGCUUCUCCCACAAGGUGAAGAGCUACUGGCUGGGACCCAAUUACCUGAAGGAAGGGUCCGAGGGGAACGACAUCAGACGCACCAACGUGCCGGACAUCCGGGUGAGCUACCGCUUUGAGACGCUGUGCCAGGAGCUGACGCUCAUCACACAGGCCGUGCAGACGGCAGAGCUGGAGACCAUCCAGGAAGAGGCCCUGAUCGUGAGCUCCAGCCUGGGCAUGCAGUGAAGGACGCUGGUCUGGGCGUUCCCCCUCCAGGCGAUCUCCCCCCUGGGGACUAGCCUGGCGCAUGAGAAACCCCUGCUGCCUUUCGUAGCAUCUACGCUCCUGGCCCUGGGGAUCCUGUCCGUUCCCUGGCGUUGGGUUCACUGCAUUCCCCUUUGCUUGGUGUUUCCCCGAAGAAGGGGCUCAUUCUCUUUCCUUAGUGGCUGCCCUUGGGAACAGGCUGGGGUCAUUUUAGUUGGUUGCUUUGGGUUGUUAGUUUUCUUUUGGGUUUGUUUCUUCUGCCCUCUUUUUUUU